UGUAGGAGACAGCACUGUUAGUGUUACCCUUGAGUUUUAGUUCUGGCUCCGUAGUUAAUGUAGUAUUGUGACCCUGGGCGGAUAACUCCUAUGUAUCUCUGGACCUUGAGUGUCUCCUCUGUAAAAGGAGAGCCUCCACUGGGACUCCAGGUCUUCUAGCAGAACUAAACAGCAUGGCCUGGGACAGGCCCAGAGUGAGUAUGCUACACUGCCCCUAACUUUGGUAACUAACUACACUGUUAGAGAUGAGCUUGUUUUGUACGUGAGAGCCUUAGUGCAGUAGAUAACUGUUGUUUUCCUUCUGUUUCACCUGCUUCUCUUCAUGUUUGUGUGUAUAUUUCUUCACCUUCUAGUUAUAAAGCUUUGUCCUGUCCUUCCUACUUUUCUUCAUGGUCAUUUCCAUUUCACUUUGCUGUGUUUCAUUCCUGUAUCUUUCUUGUCUAGACCACGUGGAGCAGCCAGCUGGCAGUAGCGCCACGUAGGACCCUACAGGAACUCAAUGGAAAGAAAAAAUCCCAGGAAAAUAAAAACAAAGGAAACAAACUCCAAGACGCACAGCUGAGGACAAGUGAGCCAGAUUCCACCCCUGCAAAUAUGAGAGAUUCUGCAGAAGGUCCUAAAGAAGAGGAAGAGAGGCCUUUGGCUGAAGCCCCCGAGCAGCUAAGUGUUCCACAGGAGGUGGUCAGCCAGGAUGCACUUCCAGAACUGCUGAUCCCUCCUCCUGCCUGCGAGCCCCAACCAGAGCCAGAAGGGAAACAGGUAGCCACAGAUUGUGAAGCAAAUGAUCUGGAGGAAGAAGAGGAAGAAGAAGAGGAAGAUGAUGAUGAUGAGUUGGAAGAAGAAGGGGAGGAAGAAGCCAACAUGCCCAAUGAAAGUUCUGUGAAAGAGCCGGAAAUACAUUGCGACGAGAAGCCAGAGGAUUUAUUAGAAGAAACCAAAAGCAUUUCAAAUGAAACUCCUGAAGACUCUUCCGAAGUAACUCCAGUCAUCCAAAUCCCUGAAACUAAAGAGGAGGCCAAUGGUGAUGUAUUUGAAACAUUUAUGUUUCCGUGUCAGCAUUGUGAAAGGAAGUUUACCACCAAGCAGGGGCUGGAACGUCACAUGCAUAUCCACAUGUCUACAGUCAAUCAUGCUUUCAAAUGCAAGUAUUGUGGGAAAGCAUUUGGCACACAGAUUAACCGGAGACGGCAUGAGCGUCGCCAUGAAGCAGGGCUAAAGCGAAAACCCAGUGCAACAGUACAGCCAUCUGAGGACCUAGCUGAUAACAAAGGUUCUGGAGAAAAUGUGACUCCUAAAAAUGAAUUGACUCCUCCGCAUCUUGGACAGGACUACCUGAUCUCAAACUCAGAGAUACCUUCCCAAGAAACAUCAAAUCCUUCUGUUGUGGAAGAGAAUGGGGAAGUGAAGGAACUUCACCCAUGCAAAUACUGUAAGAAGGUGUUUGGCACUCAUACUAACAUGAGACGGCAUCAGCGUAGAGUUCAUGAACGCCACCUGAUUCCCAAAGGUGUCCGGCGGAAAGGUGGCCUCCUUGAUGAGCCCCAGCCCUCUGCAGAGCAGGCCCAGCCCACCCCAAAUGUCUAUGUACCAAGCACAGAGCCAGAGGAGGAAGGGGAGGCAGAUGAUGUGUACAUCAUGGACAUUUCUAGCAAUAUCUCUGAAAACUUAAAUUAUUACAUUGAUGGUAAAAUUCAAACCAAUACCACGACUAGUAACUGUGAUGUGAUUGAGAUGGAGUCUAAUUCAGCAGACUUGUAUGGCAUAAAUUGUCUACUCACUCCAGUUACAGUGGAAAUUACUCAGAGUAUAAAGGCCACACCGGCCUCUGUAACAGAUGACUUUUCUAAAGAGACUUCCAGCAGCACCAACUGUGAGUCCAAAAAACGGAGGACUGCAAGUCCACCUGUGCUCCCCAAAAUUAAAGCUGAAACUGACUCUGACCCCUCUGCACCCUCUUGUUCCCUAAGCCUUCCUCUUAGCAUAUCAACAGCAGAGGCUGUGUCUUUCCAUAAAGAGAAGAGUGUUUACCUGUCAUCCAAGCUCAAACAGCUUCUUCAGACCCAGGACAAGCUGGCUCCUCCUGCAGGGAUCUCAGCAGCUGAAGUCUCAAAGUUGGGUCCCGUGUGUGUGUCUGCACCUGCAUCCAUGUUAGCUGUGACCACCAGCAGGUUUAAGAGGCGGACCAGCUCUCCACCCAGUUCUCCACAGCACAGCCCUGCCCUGCGAGACUUCGGGAAGCCAAGCGAUGGGAAAGCUGUGUGGUCAGACACGGUGCUCGCUCCCAAGAAACCCAAGUUAGAAAGUCACAGUGACUCACCUGCCUGGAGUUUGUCUGGGAGAGAGGAGAGAGAUACUGGAAGCCCUCCUUGCUUUGAUGAAUACAAAAUAUCAAAAGACUGGGUGGCCAGUUCUACUUUUAGCAAUGUGUGCAACCAACAACCACUGGAUUUAUCCAGUGGAGUGAAACAGAAGGCUGAAGGAACAGGCAAGGCUCUGGUCCAGUGGGAAUCUGUAUUAGAUCUCAGUGUGCAUAAAAAGCCUUGUAGUGACUCCGAAGGCAAGGAAUUCAAAGAACAUCUUUCAGCUCAGCCAACCUGUAGUGCUGUAAAGAAGAAGAAACCAACCACCUGCAUGCUGCAAAAGGUCCUUCUCAAUGAAUAUAAUGGCAUCGAUUUACCUGUAGAAAGUACCCCUGAUGUGACCAGAAGCCCAAGCCCUUGUAAAUCUCUAGAAGCCCGGCCUGAUUCUGACCUGGGUUCUGACUCUCACUUCUCUGCUCCUGCUGCUGAGUGCCCCCCUGCAGUGCACUCUUCGUCACCUCCCCUACAGACGCCCUCCCUGUCAUCCAGUCAGCUGCCGCCUCUCUUGAUCCCCACAGAUCCACCAUCCCCUCUGGCAUGCCCCCCUGUGUUAACUGUUGCCACUCUGCCCCCUCCUCUCCUCCCCACAGUCCCUCUUCCUGCCCCGUCUGCCAGCGCUUCUCCUCACCGCGGUCCCUCUCCACUCUCAAGUGCGACUGCCCAGUCUCCACUUCCAAUUCUGUCCCCGACCGUGUCGCCCUCGCCCUCGCCCUCGCCCUCUCCCGCUCCUCCUGUGGAGCUGCUCUUGCCUGCUGCUUCACCUGGGCCUCCAACGCUUUCUUCUUCCUCCUCCUCCUCCUCCUCCUCAUUCUCAUCCUCACCCUCAUUGUCAUCCCCUUCGCCACCCCCUCUCUCGGCAGUGUCAUCUGUGGUGUCCUCUGGUGAUAAUCUGGAGGCUUCUCUCCCUGCAAUAACUUUUAAACAGGAGGAACUAGAGAAUGAAAGUCUGAAGCCCAGAGAGGAGCCCCAGUCUUCAGUCGAGCAGGAUAUUAUUCAGGAAACAUUCAGCAAAAACUUUGUCUGCAAUGUCUGUGAAUCACCUUUUCUUUCCAUUAAAGACCUAACCAAACAUUUAUCUGUUCAUGCUGAGGAAUGGCCCUUCAAAUGUGAAUUUUGUGUGCAGCUUUUUAAGGAUAAGUCUGAUCUGUCAGAACAUCGUUUUUUGCUUCAUGGAGUUGGGAAUAUCUUUGUGUGUUCCAUUUGUAAAAAAGAAUUUGCUUUCUUGUGCAAUUUGCAGCAACACCAGCGAGAUCUGCACCCAGAUGAGGUAUGUACACACCAUGAGUUUGAAAGUGGGACACUGAGGCCCCAGAACUUCACAGACCCCAGUAAGGCCCAGAUGGAGCAUAUGCAGGGCUUGCCGGAAGAUCCUUUGGAAACUUCCAAAAAAGAGGAAGAAUUAAAUGAUUCCUCUGAAGAGCUUUACACCACCAUAAAAAUAAUGGCUUCUGGAAUAAAGACAAAAGAUCCAGAUGUUCGAUUGGGUCUCAAUCAGCAUUACCCAAGCUUUAAACCACCUCCCUUUCAGUAUCACCACCGCAACCCCAUGGGUAUCGGUGUGACAGCCACAAAUUUCACCACCCACAAUAUUCCACAGACUUUCACUACUGCCAUUCGCUGCACAAAAUGUGGGAAAGGUGUUGACAACAUGCCUGAGUUGCACAAACAUAUCCUGGCAUGUGCUUCUGCGAGUGACAAAAAGAGGUAUACCCCCAAGAAAAAUCCAGUACCGUUGAAACAAACUGUGCAACCCAAAAACGGAGUGGUGGUGUUAGACAGCUCGGGGAAAAAUGCCUUUAGACGUAUGGGACAGCCCAAAAGACUGAACUUCAGUAUUGAGCUCAGCAAAAUGUCACCGAGUAAGCUCAAAUUAAGUGCAUUGAAGAAAAAAAAUCAGCUUGUACAGAAAGCGAUCCUUCAGAAAAACAAAUCUGCAAAGCAGAAGGCUGACUUGAAAAGUGCUUCUGAGUCAUCGUCUCACAUCUGCCCUUACUGUAACCGAGAGUUCACUUACAUUGGGAGCCUGAAUAAACACGCUGCUUUUAGUUGUCCCAAAAAGCCCCUUUCUCCUUCCAAAAGAAAAACUCAUUCAGCCAAGAGAGGUGGACACUUGUCACCUGCAGGUAGUGACAAAAACAGUAACAGCCACCGCCGACGAACGGCGGACGCGGAGAUUAAGAUGCAGAGUGGGCAAGCACCUUUGGGUAAGACCAGAGCUCGGAGCUCGGGCCCGGCCCAGGCCCCGCUGCCCUCCCCGUCCUUCAGGUCCAAGCAGAAUGUCAAGUUUGCCACCUCAGUGAAGUCCAGAAAGCCAAGUUCCUCCUCUCUAAGGAACUCUAGUCCUAUACGAAUGGCCAAAAUGACUUACGUGGAGGGGAAAAAACCCCAGGCUGUGGCCAAAAAUCAUUCUGCUCAGCUCUCAAGCAAAGCAUCCCGGAGCCUACACGCAAGGGUACAGAAGAGCAAAGCUGUUUUACAAAGCAAGUCCACUUUGGCGAGUAAGAAAAGAACAGACCGGUUCAGUAUACAAUCUAGAGAGCGGAGUGGGGGCCCCAUUACCCGAAGCCUUCAGCUGGCAGCUGCUGCGGACCCAAGUGAAAGCAGGAGAGAAGACAGCAGUGCGAAGCAGGAGCUGAAGGACUUCAGCUAUAGCCUCCGCCUGGCGUCCCGAUGCCCUCCGCCAGCCGCCCCGUACAGCACCAGGCAGUGCAGGAAGGCCAAGGCCCCGGCUGCAGCCCAGUGCCAGGGACCCUUCCUCAAGGAGUAGAUGCUUCGCCUGCUCCCUGACAGCACCGGAAGUGACCUGGAAUCAGUGAAGCCAAAGGGACUGGCAGUCUGCCCUGACUGGGAGCACUGACUCACCCCAGCUGUGUGAGCCUGCAGGAGAGAGGGAGCGCACGUGUGUGUGUGUGCGUGUGUGUACACGCAUGUGUGUGUGUGUCCAUGCCUGCAGGUGCAUGCACAUGGUCGCAGACACAGGCCCUGAGCCCCAGGGAGGGAGGAAGGAAGCCACUCCACAUUGUCCCCUGGGUGACCCUUGCGGAUGGCCCGGGGACAGUUCUACAGCUCAGCCCUCCUGUCUGAGUGGGGCCUCUCCUACUAUGCAAUUUUUCAAGAGCUCCUUGACCCUGCUUUCAGCUUCUUGAGUUGUUUGCUGUUACAGGGAUGUUGGCCUGACCCCAGGGGUCUGUUUCAGUGCCAUCUGAGGGAGGCCUUCAGAUAGAGGCCAAGUUUCCCUUCAGUACCAUCCCAACUCCCCUCUGUCCCUCUGCCCCAACAUCUCUGGGAAUCAAUAACCUACACCCAUUGGGGUCAAGCCUGAACCCUUGGCCCCUACACUUGGAAAACUCCCUUUCCUGCCUGAGCAGUUCAAGUUGCUGGCUCCUAUUUCCAGGUUUGAGAUUCUAGUCACAUCACUUUUGAAUCUUUGCAGAGAAGCCUGAAAGCAGUUACAUCCAGGGUAAAAUCUGUCCACAUCUGUAGAUCUGACUCCUCCCCAAGAAAAGCAGGUGAUGGGGAAGGAGCAUCAGAGGGGCCUCUUCUGGGUCCCUGUUGCCUUGCUUGGUGGGACCACCUGCACCUUUAGUACCUGAGCAUCUUCAGUUAGCUGCAAAGGGAUACAAACACCCCCAAAAAAAUAGGAAAUGGAAAAAAUGGAAGGAUUAAAAAGCACGGGGGGAAGAAGAAGAAGAGAUUUCCAGAGGCCAUAAAUUGCUUUCCAGGGAACGAUGAGGCUGACCCCUCCUCUCUGGUGGAUAGUCCAUGUAUUGGAGAAACGGGUGACUGAGCUCAGAGUUGGAAACUGGUUCAGUGAGGCUCUUGGGUUUUGUGCCUUUGGGACAGGCCCCGGACAAGGAUGCCUGAGGCCACUUUGGUGCUGUCUUCUCAGCUCUAUUCCAGAAGUGAUGUAUGAAACCCAAAGUGGAAGGAGGAGACUUGGGAGAGUUGUCACACAAUAAAGGGAUUUUCUUUUCAGGGCUACUAUGGUUAAUCUUGCAACUCUGUAAAUAUGUAUAUAGACACUUUUAAAAGCACGUAUUUAUGUCCCUGACUGUAAAUGCCCCAUUUUUAAAGUUUUAUAACAUGUGUUAUUUAAUUAAUUAGUCGACUGGCUGCAAUAUGAGGUCUGAUAAUAGGUCCAGGAGAGGGUCUCAUGAGGUCCUCACAUAGGCAGAAAAAUGCAGAUCAUUGGCCAACAUGUUUUCCUGUCUCCCACCCACCUCAAGUCUGUCCUUUGUUUUUAAUUAUCAUGAACUGGAAUCCUUCCGCGUGCUCCGACAGUUAACGCUCACAAGCAUGUACAAGUCGUGGCUGUUCCUUAUCUCAGUGACACAGUUUUGUCUCAUGACUGCUCACAUCCAUGGACUGCACCCAGCCCCUCCACUCUGGGGGGCUCCCCUGCCUGCAGCGGGGGAAGCUCACGAACCCAAAGCCUCAGAAGUCACCUCCACCAAUGGCGAACUGCAGCAGAUGCUCUGGGGUAUUGAGGGAUACUCUCUUCUGCAUGUGCAAAGGUGCCGGUCACCCUUCAGUACCCCCAGAUUGUCAGGAAAACUGUUCCAAGGUCUUCCAGCAUGGGUUUGGAUCACAGAAGACAAUGGUUUUGUAUCUGCCAUGUGAAGAUAACUAAUAAAAGUUCGAAGAGCGAUUG